AUGGCUAUGGAAGAAGAGGUGGCAGAACCAUACUCGGGCUGGAGACUGUUCUUCGAUGGAGCAGUCAACUACAAAGGAUCAGGCAUUGGGGCGGUGUUGAUAUCAGAAACAGGGCAACACUAUCCAAUGGCCGCAAAACUCAACUUCAGAUGUACCAACAACAUGGCGGAAUACGAAGCAUGUAUCCUCGGCCUCAGGAUGGCGUUGGACAUGAACAUACAGGAGUUGUUAAGAUUGUGCGAGAGAUUCAAGAGUAUUGACUUCAGGCAUACCCCAAGGGCUCAGAAUGAGUUCGCAGACGCAUUGGCUACAAUAGCGUCUAUGAUCCAGCACUCUGUGAGUACCCACAUUGAUCCAUUAGAGAUCACACUAAGAGAAGAACAUGCUCAUUGCGCCCAUGUCGAGGCCGAGCCAGAUGGCCAACCAUGGUAUGCCGACAUUAAGGCCUACCUGGAAAAAAGAGAGUAUCCCCCAGAGAGUUCAGCAAAUCAAAAGAAGACCAUCAGGAGAUUGGCUAAUGGUUUCUUCUUGAACAAGGAAGUGUUGUACAAAAGGACCCCUGACCUUGGGUUGCUCAGGUUUUUCUUUUACAGGACAGCAGACACACCACCAACCGGCUUACUCACAGCAAAGGCGGAAGGCAAAACUCAGCCCAGUGGAGAGAGACCAAAAGGGUCACGACAAAAAAUAGGUAAUAAAGACACAUCUGGCCGCAAGGGUCGCAGAGCAAAUGAGCGUAAAGACGAAUCCGACCAAAAGGGUCACACAAAGGGUGAACAGCAAAAAAUAUCAGACCAAGAGGGUCACAAUUGA